UCACGAUGCCUCUGGGAUUUGUCCACGUCGGACCAAUGAACGUGACGAUGUGCCUGGCAUGAAUACGCGGGGUGCACGUUCAGUAAAGGAGAGUGAGCCAACCUCGGUAUAGAAUAAAUGACGAGUUCUGCUGGCAGAGUGGGAGUAAUGGAGAGCUGAUGGGUUGUGGGGUAAGAGGAGCAAGGGGCGUAAUUUUACAAACUCGAAGUAGGGAACAGACAGAGCUAGUCGACAGUGCUGGCAAUGCUCACGGUAACAACACUACGUAAUAUUUAGUCGCGUGUUAUUAUAUAUUUAUGUGUUAUCUUGACUAAAAUUCCGGGAAAAUCAAAUUCAAAAAUUAGUAUUAAUUAAAGUAUCAGUGAGUUUGAAUUUACCGGAGACUGUUAAAGUUUUUGUGGUUAAAAGUGUUGUGUCAACAAUGAUGUUAAUUCAUUGGCGUGAUUUAAAACGUGUCUAGGUGUGACUGCGCAAUCGCCAUCUGGAUUAUAUUUUUUCAUCCAAUAAUUAACGGAGAAAAAGAAUUAUAUAUAAGGACUGUAAUUAGAUGAUGAUAAAUACCCUCGAGAUGCAGCAACAGAAUGUUCAGCAGCAACAGCUCCAGCAGCAGCAGAAUCAGCAGUCACAGCAGACUGGUCAGCAGCAGACGACACAGUCCCAGCAGCAGCCGCAACAGCAGCAGAAUCAACAAGACAAUCAUGGACAGCAAGUGACCCAGCAGAUUCAACCGCAGCAACAAAUACAACAGGUAUCUGUUCAGCAGCAGCAACAACCGCAAAACCAGCAGCAAGGAAAUGCUCAGCACAAUGUCACUCAGGUUCAAGUCCAGUCCCAAGUUGCCGCGAGUAUGCCGCAGCAGCUUCAGGGGGCGGUGGCGGUGUCCAUGCAGCAGCAUCAGCAACAGCCGGGUGUGUCGAUGGCGUUGGCAGGUCAGCAGGGAGCGACGACCAUCACCACGAUGGCCGCACAUCCUCAGGCUGUCCAAGUUAUCCAGCAGCCCAUGCAGAGUGGAGCUUAUCAUCUUCAGCAGCUAUACAAUACUCAGGGAACGCCGAUGUUGCUGCCAGGGAACUUGGCCCUUCAUCCAGCAAAUCUCAACCCAUCGUCAAUCCAAGUAAUCACUGCCGGUAAACCCUUUCAAUCAGCUGGUCAGUUGACUCCGCACAUGCUGACAACUGCUUCGACUCAAGGGCAACCUGGUGGCCAUGGAGGUCAGGGAGGUAAGGUUCAGGGUUUUCCAGCAGGUUAUUUACCUGUUCCGACUUCUAACCCCGGUGGUGGUCAGACGCUGGUCUUUGGGCAGCUUGGGGUUCUCGGUUCACCCCAACCUCAGCAGUCGCUGCAGCAGCAACAGCAACAACAAGGAGGAAAUAAAGCCGAUCAAGUACAAAAAUACACGACAUGUGCAGCUGGUGGACAAAACGCAGCACGAGGGGGUGGUAUGCAAUUCGCACCAUGGCAAUUUACACCACAAGUUUGGGCUGGACUACAGCCACCCGGCACAACACUACUCGCUGCUCCAAAUCAGAUUUUUAUCAGAAGUCCUACGCAACCGGAAAUGUACAUACAGAGUCCUCAGCCAAUUCAAGCUCACAAUGCUAUAGCAACGCAGCAGCAGCUACAGGGUGUCCAACAAAUAGCCGCUGCCAGCGGAAAGCCGAGAGUUAUGGACAUACAGCAGCAGCCUCAACAACCGGGUAAACAAGGCGGUAGUGGUCAGCGUCCUUUGAGUAUCCUACCGUCAUCACUUCAAGGAGUUCAGGGAGCAAACAUACGACCGGCCAGCUCGGUCUCUACUCAAACAGUCCACGGAGUACAGACUACGGUACAAACACAGAGCGGCAAGGGCAGUGGGAGUGGCGGUAAAGGCCGUGGUAAGCCGGUGGUUCGCACAAGUCCCGGAACAAAUGCCUCUCAAGGCACAACAAAAGCCGAUGCAGCCAAUCAAACGAAAUCUAAUGUUCAUCACGCCACAAUGAUAAUGCAACAACAGCCCAAUGCUACAAAUAAUAACGGAAACAGUAACAAAGUACUUAUAACAACGAAUUCACCGGUGGUUACUUCUGCGCAACCACCUGGCUCACCUAUGUCCACUGCUGACAAACAAAACUUUGGGCAACAAAACAAAACAGUAAUGCAAUCACCACAACAGCAACAACAGCAGCAGCAGCAGGCCCAGCAACAAGCCCAGCAGCAGCAACAGGCCCAGCAGCAAGCCCAAGCCCAAGCUCAAGCCCAGGCCCAGGCGACGAUGCAGCCCCAGUACCAGCAGAUGUUCAUGCAACAGAUGCAGCAGUUGCAGCAGCACCAGCAGCAACAGUUACAGCAGCAGUUCCAGCAGCAGCAGCAGCAACAACAGCAGCAGCAGCAACAACAACAACAACAGCAGCAGCAACAGCAGCAGCAACAACAACAGCAACAACAACAACAGCAGCAAGCCCAAUCCACCCAGCAACAGAUACAACCGAAGCCACUGAUGGGCAUGGCUAUCCAGCCAUCGCAGCAACCGCCUGGCGUCGUUCUUGGUACCGAAAGACCCAUCAUGCCGGUAGUGUCAAUGGGUGGAGUUGGGGUUGGAGUUGCAACCACAUUACAAAUGGGCCAGGUACAGCAGCCUUCUAUGCCUGCAGUACAGCAGCUUCCUAUGCCCGCCCUGAAUCCAGCGAUAAUUGGCAACCAGAUGGUUGGAGGCACGCCGCAGGUUCAGGCGAUGCCCAUUCUCACUCAGCCUAGUGAAGUUCCCGCUCCGCCUCAGGACAGCGCUACGACUCCUAUGGUAGUCGCCGCUGAUCGCAAUCAGAGCGCCGAUUGCCCGGUGGUGCUGCAGCCUUGCGCUACUCCCAGCGCCACUGAGGAAGCGAGACAGACUCCUAAGAAAGAGGACGAGGCUAAAGAACCGGCAGCUAGUCAAGGUAAGUUACUUAUUUGCAGUAAUAACAUUUCUGUCUCCACUGGACUUUUUUUCAAGUUAUCAUUAAUUUUAGACGCCGAAGCCAAGCCAACGGCUAAAGAAGAAAACUCGACUGCUAAAGCGGAUGAUAAACUUUCCAAUAACCCGCUAGUUAAUUUAGCAAACGCGGUAAAUUCAAUAACCAACGGAAUUGCUGAUGAACCAGCGAACGCCGUGACAACUCCGACGUCCAGCGGCAAACAAGCUCUGCCUAAAGCUCUUGUCAAACCUCAAGUUCUUACCCACGUCAUCGAAGGUUUUGUCAUCCAAGAAGCUUCUGAGCCGUUUGCGGUAAAUCGUUCGACGCUCAACGGAUCAGUCACUCAAGACUCGUCAAUUUUGAACAAAAAUAACAACAACAACAACAUAAACGAAAAAGAUGCCCAUGAAGAACCUCCAAGUAAGAAAAGAAAAAAACACUCGGCUAAUUAUUCAAAUGAAAAUGAAGCGACAACUAAAUGCGAGGCCUGUGGCAAUGUCUUUGAUGAACACACGACCAAAUUCAAAAAGGACAAACGUUUCUGUUCAUCAAUCUGCGCAAAAAGCAAAAAGCGGGAAACACGCGACCGCGAGGCUGCAGACAAACAGUGGACGGAUAUGGAUGUCGAUACCAAGAAAAAUGAUGAUGGAGCCAAGAAAAAUAUUGAAGAAAAAUCUGUUACGCCUAUUGAAGAUCUUACGCCUAAAAUAAAUCCUAUUAAAUGGACGGUAAACGAAGUCUGCGACUUUAUCCGAAAUCUUCCCGGUUGUUCAGAUUACGCUGAAGAUUUUGCGAUCCAAGAAAUCGACGGUCAAGCUCUGAUGCUGCUGAAAGAAGACCAUCUGAUGUCUGCGAUGAGUAUAAAACUCGGACCAGCAUUAAAAAUAGUUGCUAAGAUAGAUUCUAUGAGAAUUGAUAACAGUGUCAGCACAUCCCCCACGUCUAAUAGCUCAUAAAUAUCCGCUCCGUCCCGGACUUUAUUUACUAAGUUAUCAGUAACUAUAGCUAACGAUUAAACGAAAUUAGAGUAACUACUGUGUUCUGUUAAAUAAUUGAAUUAAACUGUUCAAUUAUUGACUCAUCAACAAAUAUCCUGUACAAACCGAUAAGCGUAAGAUUAAUAUCGAGACAAGACAUUUAUAGUAUACGGUACUCAUGUCCGAUAAAAAUAUAUACAUGAUACAUUUACAUAUAAAUAUAAAUACUUAUUAAGCUGUAAAUACAGUAGUUUAGUUGUCUCAUUACUUAAGACUCAUGAACAAACAAUAAAUUAUUUACGCAAUUGUUUAUGAUUUAUAAAAAUUUAUCUACCGUCUUGGUAAUUUUUUUUCUUUUCAUUUAUUUUUAUAUUGAGUGAUUAAAUAAUUAUCUUAGUGAUGAUAACAAUAAUAUCAAUUAUUAGUCAACGUGAUGCAUUUUUUCUUUAAAAGUAAAAAAUAAAAAGUGAAUUUAUUUGAAAGUUGUAGUAAUAAAUGUAAAUAAUUAGUUAUUAUUUACUAGAGUAGAGAACUUUGUCUCGUGCAAUUAACAGUUUUUGUACUAAAACAUAAUAAUAAUAAUAAAGUAAUUAAAUAUAAGGCUCUUGUAAAUUUAAAUAAAUAACUGCCAACAAUAAAACAUUAAUGUGAUUUAAUUAAAGAGCUUUGUUAAAUUGUUUAAACAUUAUAAUUAAUGAGUGAAGCUUAAAUAAUUAACGAACAAAAUUACUUAAGUGAUUUAUGAUAAUAAAUUUUUUUACAAAAUAAAUUAUUACAUUAUUUACCUCCAUAUUUUUACUCCAGUUUUAUUUUUACAGAAAACUUUGCGAGCUGACAAUUUUUAAAUAAAUUUAAAAAGCGCGCGGUAGACUUUUGAAUUCUGUACGCAUUUUCUCCGAGAUUAUUUGAUUUGUUUAUUCAAAAAUAAAUUGUCGGCUGCUGUUAUAAUUAAUUUUAUUUUUUUGUAAUAUUUAAAUUAAUUUUUAUAUAAAAAUAUGACUAAAAAUUACUCGUUUAUACAUCAGGGACAAACGCAGUGCCUUCUCUUAGUAAUUCUUGCUCUGCUUUUAUUCUCUCAGCUUUUUUAACCGGCUUUAUAUUGACGUAAUAAUCAUAACCCAGCUGAGCAGUUGCUACUAUGGUAAUUAAUGUGAGUCCCAUGCAAGCAUAAACAAAUCCAUGGUGUAAUGCAUUAGCUAUCUUGUUUUUUGUUGCCCGCUUCAUUGUUUACAAUCG